GGCUAAUAACCCCAAGACACACGGCUCCUUUUCUUUCCUUUCCCUCCUUUUUUAUUCCUCGGAUAAUUCUGUGUGCUGAAGACCUUCAAGAUUUUAGUUUACCCAAUGGAAGAAGUAGUUAGGAGACUCAAUGGCAUCCCUCAUGUGCCUGACCCUCACCCUCACCCCAUCCUCAAUCCAAUACAGUGUUCCGCUUCCACCACUGCCGUUCCCACCAACACCACCACCACGUCAAAAAAGCGCUUUCUCAAAGAAAAUGGUGGCCCUGGUGGGACCAUAAAGUACCGUGGGGUUCGCCGCAGGCCAUGGGGCCGUUACGCUGCUGAGAUUCGUGACCCAAAGUCCAAGGAGAGGCGGUGGCUUGGGACUUUUGACACUGCCGAGGAAGCUGCUUGUGCCUAUGACUGUGCUGCUCGAGCUUUGCGUGGAAUGAAGGCUCGAACCAAUUUUGUUUACCCUGCCACUGACCCUCACUCCCCCAACGGCCCUUUUCUUCCUCCCUUCAACUUCUCUAACCCUUCACAGCUAUCCAUCGGGGAUCUUAACCGCACCCGUUAUCAGUUUGGGCUCUCUUCAAAUCGGCCAUUGUUUGCUAAACCUCCUCACUCUCUGGUUCACCACCUUCCAUUUAUCAAUGGAACAUCUUCGUCUUCAUUAUCUUCUUCUUUCCCGACUCCAAGCGUUUUGCCUGCCACUACUUUCUUCAAUUCCUCGCCCAGUUCUUCUCUAUGGUUAAGCGACAACAGCACUGGUCCUUUUACCGCAUCUACUAUGACUCUUCCUCUUAAGGAUAAGAAUUCAAGUGUUGCCACUGUUGUGCCUGCCCCUGCCAUCUCAACUUGUCAAGCUGAUGAUAUGGGAAUGGGAUUAUUCUUCCCACAGGGGCCUUCUGAUUCUGGGUUGUUGGAGGAGAUAAUUCAAGGAUUCUUACCAAAUCCCACCUCAGGGAACUCAGGCCUUGUUUGUUCUACAACCUCAAACUGCACCCAACAUUCCAUCGUUUCACCACCCACUGAAAUGUCCUUCACUGGGUUGAAUUUGAAGGAGAUUAAGAACGAGAGUUUAGGUUUUUAUAUGGACUACCAUCCGCAGUUGGAGAGUUUGAAUGGAAUUGCAAAUUCUCAAGUGGUGCCAAACAGUAAUGAGAUACCACUUGGCCAUCUACAGCUGGGUCAAGACAGCAUGCCGGAUGAUAUCUUUCAGUAGCCGGAUUCCGUUACCGCCUUACCUGCUAGGGUUCAAAAUUCUUGAGCCAUUGCAAUGCAUGCAUUAGGUGAAAAUCAGCAAGCCAAGUUGUAGCUCUCUUCCGUUCAGGGUUUUUUUUUUUUUUCUACUAUAAUUAUAUGUGUCGUCUGUUUUAGGAUAUAACUUAAUGUUAUUUGAAUUGGAAUGAUAUGAAAAUAACUUCAAAAAAUACAAUGCCAGGUAAUUGAGACUUUGAAUGAAAAUAAGAUUGAUAAUUUCUAGUUUUGUAACACGUAAUGUAAUGAUAUUUAGCAGAAGCAAGGUCUGAGUCAUGAUGUUUUUCAAUCUGGUCGAUCGAUCUAUAUAGAUAUAUAGCUUAAACUGCGUUGACCAUGGAACUCAAAAGCCU